AUGAAAUCCCUGCCACCACCCGAGCCUGCAUCAGCGACGCCUCAGAGCACCCUUGGCGAUUCCCCAAAGCCCUUCCGUCGCACACUCGCUUGCGUCCGGUGUCAACAGAGGAAGAAAAAGUGCAGCCGGGUGUUUCCAUGCCCUCAUUGUUUACGAGCAAAGGUCCAGUGUGUGGUUGCUACGCCAGCUCCCAGGCAUCGAAGACGGCGGCCUAACCAAGCGUUGAAAGAACGUCUGGCGCGAUGCGAGGAGCUUCUGGAAAAACACAUGGAUAAGGACGAUGAAUGUCCUUUGAACUUCCCUGCUGUGGUUGCUUCUUCCCACUCCCAAAGCGACCCGUCAACCUCGAAGUGGAUAUCGUCGGACGGCAAGUUGGUUGAGGAAGGUGGUAAGUUGGCUUUCAUGGACAAUCACUUGCUGGAACUUGUUCAUGACGAGAUCCAGGCCAUGCGCGAGCUCGUCAAGGCUCAAGGUGGCGACGACAGUCCGCUCGAUACUGACACACCCGACGACGAAUGCGAUCUGGUCUUUGGCGGAGAGUCACCCCAGUCAAACAUCGAAUAUUCAUGGCCAAAUCCUGCGCUUGUUUUCAGGCUGUGGCAACUAUUUCUCGACCGCGUCAAUCCUCUGACAAAAGUCAUCCACGUUCCUAGCUUCCAACCCUACGUCGCCCAAGCGACAAGCGGGCCGCAACAACUCCCGGAGAACAUUACGACAUUGAUGCUGGCUAUAUUUCUCAUGGCCGCUGUUUCAUUAUCUGAUGGUGAAUGCGAGGGUAUUCUCGGUGAUUCUAGGGAACUAGUCAUCAAUAGAUUUUCCUCUGCGGUCCGCCGGAGCUUACAGCGACUCGGAAUUCUGCAGCGGAUUGACCUAGUUGUGUUGCAAACCCUUGUUCUCUACAUGAUCUCACUACAAGGGCGUUAUAAUCGCCACUCCGCCUGGAUUCUGAAUGGUUUCGUGAUACGGAUAGCCCAGAAACUAGGCCUCCAUCGAGAUGGCGAGGCACUUGGAUUGAAGCCAUUUGAGUCAGAGAUGAGGCGUCGAGUGUGGUGGCAAAUUAUUGCCAUUGAUUGCAAAUUCGCUUUGUUCUCUGGUCUCGGCCACUCUCUGCUUCCCCGAGACUGGAACGUGAGAGAGCCUCAAAAUCUCAACGACGCGGAUAUGUUCCCAUCCGCAACGCACCCGUUCCCAGACCGCGACGGUCCCACAGACAUGAUUCUUUGCUUGACGCAAUGUAAAAUCACUAAAUUCCUAGUCGAGACACCCGGCUUGGAGCCGUUGAAGAUGAUGAGCCAAUUGGAUGAUUUAAAGGCCGAGGAUUCCCAACCUGACGCCUUGAGGGACGAACAAAUCAACCAUUACCGAAUGCACUUCGACACAUUGGAAGAGAGCUUGCAUCGCCUGCUAGAAACACGGUGCAAUCCUUCCGCCGGGCAGGUUCACAAUAUAGCCCGAGGAGUGGUUACGACCAUCCUCAAUCAGAAGAGAGAGCUAAUUAAUGGAUUCGGAUAUCAAUCUGAGUCGAACACCAUCAUUCAAAGCAAAGACUACAACGCAUUUGCAUCAACGGUAGCCAUAAUGGAGCACGCUACCUCUCUCUAUACAUCUACCGAGAGUACUGGCUUUUUAUGGUUCGUACUCCUUAAUGUUCAACUCGACGUGUUCACCUACAUGGUGGUGCAGCUGGGGCAUCGCAUUGAAGGCCGAACGGUCGAACGGGCCUGGACGCAGGUUGAAAUACUCUAUCAGUUUCACCAGGCACUGUUUGAUCUCAACAACACAACAUUCUGGAGGCUGGCGCAUUUUGUUCUAAGGGCAUGGGCCAAGAGGGGAGAUAGACUGUCCUGCUUGGGGCAGUUUCGGGAAAUACCUGCGUACAUUGAAAGAUUGCAGCGGAAUCUUGUUUUAACCUCGGAUUCUGAGACAAUACGGCCAAAUCCCAGCAGCCUCUCGUUUGACGAUGCUGCUGAACCGAUUCUUGGUAUGGAAGCAGAAGAUGGGAGGCCUGUGGGUAUUCCCUGUAGACCCGGGGAUGGUAGCAUGGGUACAGGGGAUACAGAUUGGUCAUUUUUGGACACAAUCGCUACCGCGCAGUUCCAAGAGGCCACAGGUACAGCAUUUAUGGGAUAUGGUGCAGGGCCUUGGGUAGAAUGGUAG